GUGUGUCGUAGGUCUUGGUACGUAAUUUCUUGACCUACGCAGCAUCAAUAUCGAUUGGAAUUCGACCUAGAAAUAGCAGGUUGUUGACUAUUUGUGCUUGAAUAUCAAGCCGAAUAGAGAUUCAAUCGAACGUUGGUUUCGCUCGGAGUAAAACUAAAAAUAUCUUUUAUCAGCGUGUCCAUUAGCCCUGAAACUUUUUGAGGUUAGGAUAAUGGUGAUGCUGGCGUGUGACCGUAGAUAUGCUCACCAACAUGCUUCAAUUUGUGCUUGAGGUCAAGGUAGAUUUUUAAUCAGAGUUGAUAUGUAACUGUCAACCAGUGGGAGGUCUGGGGUUCAUUAAUGUUCUGGACUUCACAGCGAAAAGGAAAAGUCUUGAAUAUUUUGACUUUGAAAAAGGGUCGUACCUGUGAGGCGGACUCAACUUCCGCAGUUGCAAACAGCCGAUUGAGGCUUUGUGCGUGAGUUUCGUAAGUUUUCGUUCUGAAAGUAUAACUGUAAAUUGAAAGACAGUAGGUACGUUGACGAGGAUUCUUGGCAGUUCAAAAGUUGAGGUCCAGUUCGAAAAAAUGGUGGUGCCACAUGGAUUACGAUUUUUAACAUUAGGCUUCAGCACCAUGGUACAAAAAGGACCAAGACCUUUGACCAUCUGUGGACCAUCAGGGUCAGGAAAAAGCACCUUACUAAAACGUCUUCUUGAAGAAUAUCCUGAUACAUUUGGAUUUUCUGUAUCACACACAACAAGAAAUCCACGGCCUGGUGAAGAGAAUGGAAAACACUAUCAUUUCAUCUCUAAAGAAGAGAUGCAGAAGGAAAUUGAUGAGGGAAAGUUCAUUGAAAGUGCCAUUUUCAGCAACAACAUCUAUGGAACCAGUAAACGUGCAGUUGAAGAAGUUAGGCGUCAUGGAAAAGUAUGUGUAUUGGACAUCGACACCCAGGGUGUGAAACAAAUACGGAAAACCACUCUUGAUCCGAUUCUCGUCUUCAUCAAACCUCCAUCAAUUGGAGAAUUGGAACGCAGAUUGAGAGCAAGAAAGACAGAAACUGAAGAAUCAUUACAACAGAGGCUAGCUAUUGCUGCAAGUGAAAUGGAAUUUGGUGCACAGCCAGGCAACUUUCAUAUUAUUAUUGAAAAUGACAACGUUGAUAAAGCGUAUGAGCAGCUACGCGAAUUUGUAAUCGGGGAAAUCAACCAGCAGCGUCAAGCAGAAGCUUAAGGUGAAACCGCCACGGGACACGUGACAUUGCCGCAGGCCUUUCUCUUUCGAAUGAUAUUAACCAUUUGUCUCGUAAUAAUAGUUAUCAAGCUUCUGCAAGAAAACUAAUACAAGAUUGUAUAAAAUGGUAUCUUUUUACUGUAAAAGGGUAACAAUUUUCACGCCAUUUUGUACCAUGCUUCAGAUAAUUUUUGUUCUAGUUAUAAUUUCCAGUUGCAAAUUUUUGUAUUAUAGUAUAGAGUGAAGCUGUUUCAAACUGGUGUGAAAGCGUCUUUUGCAUGGAAUGUUUGUGAUAUGUCAUGGAGUUUGAUGAAGAUUUACUCCACAAGCAACAUACCAUCAGUAUUCGAUGGAUUUAUUACAUUUGCUGUAAUAAAUAUACAAUUUUUGUAGUAUAGUAGGCUAUAAAAGGGUAUGAAGACAAUUAAUCUCGAAGAUAUGGAUUAUAAUGUAGGUGGAAUAGCAACGUGUUUGCUGUCCAUGAAGACCUCGAACAAAGGUGAUAACUGCUCCACCAGAGAAACCUAAAGUUAGUCGAACCAAGGUAUUUGUGACAAAUAAUACUACCCUGAUUUUAUUUUUAAUCAUUGCAUAUUAGCGAACGUAUGCCUGUGUAUAAUAGUGAUGAUAAUAAUAUUGAUUUGAAUGAUAAUAAUAAUGGUGACCAGUACUUCUCCGAUUACUAUUGCUGAAGUAAUUUCUAAUUAACUGAUACCAUUUAUACUGGAGUAAACCGGUUACAACCUGAUGAUGGAUUACAGUUUUUUCGUUUUGUACAAUUCGUAAACUGCAAUCUCGCACUGUUCAGAUGUUGUAAUAGUUCUACCGAUAUGAAACCAGACAAAGAAAUAUCAUAUUUAGUGAUAACAGAAAUUACUUCGAUAUGCAAUUUUUUUUAAUCAAUAUAACUUCAUUGAAAUUAUUUGAAUACAUUAAUUGAAUUAAAUUCUUCCUCCUGUUUUAAUUAAUCCAAUUUUUCUACGUUUUACCCACAUCAUUAGGAUAUGAAUUAUAAUUGUUAAUUUUGUCAGAAUUAUUUCACGUAUUUACGAUACUUCACUUAAAGCCAACGUUAUCGCGGAAUAAAUUUUUAUCAAGUCACAGUUAUUAGUCACUAAUACGAAGUAUUUAAUGCUGUAUUGUGCAUAAUGAAACAUGAUGACUUGUGCGAUUUUUUAUGAAAGUUGAUUUAUCAAAUACGUAUCUGCAUUUUAUUCACGUAUACAUAUACACAGGUCUGUUACAUACCUCCCACCCUGAAAAUAAUGUAAUAUUCUAUCCGAUAAAUUUAAAGGUAAAACUAGACUUAGCAAACUGAGACUAUUCACCAAAAGAAGUUGUGUUCCAAUAGAGUAGGUUACUUAUAAAACGAUUGCGAUUUUCUCCUGAAUUUUUGAUAAAAACUCGAACUUCAAGAGUUUCGGAAAAUUUGAAAAUGUGGAAGAAAAGUCGCAUGCAAUCACCAUCAGAUCAUUCAAGUCAUUCUUUCCAUCGCGUUUCGCUUGGGAUUUCAUGCGGAUGUUCAAUUUUUACAACCGUACUUUCCUAUAUUCGCUCGUUUGAAAUCAUCUAAUAAUUAACAUUAACUCUAGCAGAUUGUAGUUCGGAAUAUCGCGUUUAAUUUUUAAUAUUUAUUUUAAGAUGUCCGAAUCAACAAGGUUCAUAUAAUUCUAUUAUUGACAACUUGCGAAAUCUCAGUUGUGCAGCCAGGCACUUCGGUACCAAAGCUGACUAAAAAAUUGUCGGAUACAUACCCGUCAGAAUCUAAAUAUCUACAAUCAAAUUUUCAUCAUCACUUAUGUUUUAGUCAUUUUUCGAAAUAUCCAUCGUUCAUUCCUCACCAUAUACACACAUGUUCUAUGGGUAUUCUAUAGAGAAAGUUGAUGGGAAAAACAUGUUUUAAUGUCUGUUUAUACGUAUAGCUCUUUAUUCGUAUUAAUAGUUGGCAUAACAAAACGUUGUGAUUGUUAAUAUGUAUGUGUAAAAAAAGUAACGGUUACUGUUAAAAAUAAUUAUGGUAAUACCAUGCUAAAUUGUAAAAUAUUAAUAAAAGUUUAUCUGUUCCGAAGAAA